AUAAGGAAAUAAUACAACUAAAUGUACGCGACGUUAAUCUAAAAAAUUUUUGCAUAACAAGUAUAUAAAUACUUCUGUUAGUGCUGUAGUGUUUUUUCUUUUUUACUAUUGUCGUCGUUUCAAAUAUUACUGCUUUGCACGUUUUGUAUUUAUUGAUAUUUUUAAAUCUAUUAUUAUUUGUGUAAGUUCGUGAAGUAGAACAUAUUAUAAGGAAAUAUCUAAACUAAAGUUAUGUGAAAAUAAAUCCUAGGAAGUAGUAUGAAACUGAGGACGUAAUAGCCUUGCUGAAUUAUACGCUCACGUAUCGACACGCUUUCUGGCCGAUUUUGCCAUAAUUCUCGUAUUCGUGCAUCGAAUAGUAGAAAUUUCAAUUUCAUAUUCAACAUCGCGAAUUUAUGUAUUACACUGUAAGCCUCUGAUACGCAAUUACUGAAACGGCAUAGGUAUAUCAUAUUCGAUUGUAAAACACGUAUUGCUAGUUAACACUUUGUCUGCCACGUUGACCGGUACAUGACCAGCCACGGUUUCUCCUAUGACACCACGGUGGUCAUUGAUGACCGGAGCGCUUCAACUUCUUACAAUUGUAAAAACUGAAUGAAAAUUGAAUGAAAAUUGAAUUGGGGAAGAAUGUCGUCUUACAUCUAUAGGAUCUUACUACGAUUAAUUUAUUUAAAAUGGAUUAAACAGGCGUUGGUUAAACAGGAAACGAUGGUUAUUUAACGUCAACUAAAUACAAUAACGUACUAUAAUUAAGACAACUAAAUAGUUAAUUUGCAACUCUCGUCACCACGGUUCCAACGCUCUCUCUCGCGCGGACCACACUCUCUCGACAACGCAAUUCGUACUUCCUGACGUCUCGAUUAACACUCCCUGACUUCUCAACUAACACUGACUGUUAAUUCGUUUUUCUCCCUUAGCAUCCCUUGGUCUCUUGUCUUAGCCCCACCACGCACGUGUUCCGCAAUCGCUCGUGGCCAAGGUCACGCAGGCCUUUCCCGCGUAACUAUUCAGCUUUCUCAUGACAUUGUUUAUAUCUCCUAGGCCUCUCGUUCACGAUACUACACAUCAUCAAUUUAUUAUUAUUUUGCCAUUAUAUGCUUUGAAUAAUAAAAAUACUCCCGUGGCGUCCUGAGCGAAACAUGUGACUUCGGCGCAGCAGUUAAGUGUUAAGGUCGUAAUCGUCAACUAAAUCCCGUUCGAAUUAUAAAUUUUCUAGUUUUCUCGUUUCGGAAGUAUAGCCUUUCUUAUUGAGUUGUAACAAUUUAAAGAAUAUUCCGGAAAAUGGAGCAAAUAUUUGAUCUGCUUUUAUGACUAACUCGAUUAUAUUGGAGCAAUUUGACAAGUGGUUAAAUGAAAACUAUGAAGUCGGUAAAGUUUGAACGAAUUAUUCAUCGAGAAAAUCUGAAUAAUAUGUUUCAUUUCGUUUCCGAUUUAAGACAAAUUGAUCCAACCGUUCAACCCGUGCAAUUGACUCGAUUUAACGAGAUAUCGCCGAAUCGUUUCUUUCCCCGUAGUCUUUAAAUGUACAUACACAUAUAGUGGAAGAUACUGUUACGAUGUUUAUUAAUAGCUAAUUUAAAAUAGUCUACUGUUUCCAUAAAGAGGUAAUAAAUGCUGCAUCUAAUUAAUAAUUGUAUGCUUUUGGUCUGAUUCAAAUAUUUUUAAUGCAAAUCAAUUAAUCGAAUAAUAUACUUCCAUACGGUUGCGUAUAUAGCAAAAAUUGCUCGCUGGAUACGUAAACUCGCGUAACUUUCGUUGCGAAACGUUGAAAUCCUGGUGAAACGUCACCGUGUUUUGUCAAACUUUUUCACCUUCUCUUUCACUCUCGAAAAACAACGGAACGAUCCAAUUCGCCGAGAUUUCUCUUUGAGAUUAUUUGAGGAACACGAUUCGUAACUGCGCAAGGUCAAGCUGGAUAUCGGAAAUUCAAUGAAGUGAACAAUUAAUCCUCGGCGAUGGAAGAACAAGGAAUCGUAAAUCUCGAAAACCUGCAAUUUCUCCAUUCUUUCAAAUAUUUCUCUCGUCGUCAGUUGAAUCUCACAUAUCUUCUUUGACACAACAACCUGACAGACGGGGAAGAAGAUCUGCCUGAAGACAGUUUCUCGCUGUUGUCGGUGCUUCUAGUUGGUUCGCUAAACUUCCCAUUUGAUCGAUCGCGACUCGCCCCUCGAAGACAACCCUCUGGGAGGCCCUUCACUCGAAAACUUUGAUCUAAGCUCGCUAGAUGUAUCCCUUUCCUGUUUCAUCCUCUGUUCCAUCUCUUACUGUCUUCUGUUCCGUUGUUUCUUCACGCCUUUCGUAUUUUCUCCCGCGUCGAUUACAAUUUGUUUAUUUUUUUAUCUUUCUCGCUUACUUUUCGCAAAAAUGAAAUAUCAUCGGAUCGUUUCUAUAUCAAGCAUUUAUGAAUCUCCCUUUUGUUGCUUUUGUAUGGUAAAAAAAAAAAGCGUCCGAUACGAUCAUACAUUCGAUGCACCUCGACUCAGCUCUUCGAGGGGAUUUCUCUUUCUGGUCUUGAUAUUCUUAUCCGUGGCGGGCAACAUUUUAGUCUGCGUGGCAAUUUACACGGACCGCGGUUUACGGAGAAUAGGAAAUUUAUUCCUGGCCUCCCUCGCUAUCGCCGACCUGUUUGUCGGUUGUCUGGUUAUGACAUUUGCCGGGGUGAAUGAUCUUCUCGGCUAUUGGGUAUUUGGACCGCGAUUCUGCGACACCUGGAUCGCUUUUGACGUUAUGUGCAGCACUGCCUCUAUUCUGAAUCUUUGCGCAAUCUCUCUCGAUCGUUACAUACACAUAAAGGAUCCGCUUAGAUACGGUCGUUGGGUGACAAGAAGAGUCGCGGUUGCUGGAAUCGCUAUCGUAUGGUUGCUCGCAGGACUCAUAUCCUUCGUGCCAAUCAGCCUAGGCCUUCACCGAGCAGAUGAGCCCGUAAUGUAUGACGAUGGUAAAGAGGAACAUCCUACGUGCGCCUUAGACCUUACACUCACCUACGCGAUAGUUUCCUCUUCUAUAUCUUUUUACGUGCCCUGCAUCGUAAUGCUGGGGAUUUAUUGCAGGCUCUAUUGCUACGCACAGAAACACGUAAAAAGCAUCCGUGCAGUAACGAAACUGCCGGAUACCUCAAUGGCCAAGAGUUUUCGUGCGAAAAGUACUCGCAACAAACCACCAAAGCCGCAAACAAAAACGAAGCCGACAAGUCCUUAUCAUGUGUCUGAUCAUAAAGCCGCUAUAACAGUGGGUGUAAUUAUGGGUGUUUUCUUAAUAUGCUGGGUACCCUUUUUCUGCGUAAAUAUCGUCGCUUCAUAUUGCAAGACCUGCAUAUCAGUCCGAGCAUUCCAAGUACUCACUUGGCUCGGCUACAGCAACUCGGCCUUCAAUCCGAUCAUCUACAGCAUCUUUAACACAGAGUUUCGAGAAGCGUUCAAAAGAAUUCUUACAAAGGGUGCGCGAGCCCGAGGAAACCAACCGUCGACUAGCGAAUGCGGAGAAUUUCGAUCCGUGGUUGUGCAAAAACGAAACGGGUCUAUGAUCGAAUGUAAUAUUAGUCCAAGAUCAAGCGCGGACAGUUGUCAAGUCGGAAUGAUGGCGCAAAGACAUCGCGAUACUAUCGUCAGUGCGAUAUAAUCAGACUCGAAUUUCUCCCUUCAGAUUUAUCGAUCUUCCUAUCGAACGAAUAUUGCGCUUCAGCGCAUAAAAGCGCGCAUUUCGCCUUCCUGCGCAUUUCGCGAAUUUAAAUACAGUUAAAAGAUUUUCCAUCGCGGUCAUUAAUCCUAUGUAAGUGAUUUUAUUAAUAACACGUAACACGUUAACACGUUGACUGCCACGCGAAUUUUAUAUAUUUUGCUCUUUAAAUAUACUAUAUACUUAAUUUUUAUAAAAUAUUGUAUUUGUGCAUUUUGUAUCUAACAGUGUUAUCUAAAUUAUUCAUAUUGUUGAAAAUUUGUUAGUUUCUAAAAUUUAUCUUAUUUUAAUCAUUCGAAAAAAUUUGGUAACAUGUGUCAUCGAUAACCAUCGUGGCAAUCAACAUGUUAAUAAAACCAUGUCGGAAAUAUUACAUCCCUCCUGUCGUCAGUCUUGCGCGUGGCACUCUACGUUCUUGGUACGAAUUUUUCGGUCGAAUCGAAGAGCGUUACAUGAACAUAUCCAUAUAUAGUAGUUAAAAAAAGUAUUUAUACAUACCUUUAUUUUUCAUUUUCAUUUUCACAGUAUCAUUUUUUUCUUUUUCUUUUUUUUGUAGCCAUAUGAAAGUACUAUUAAAUGACACAAAAUUUAAUAUAUCUAAACCUAAUUAAUUAGUAUGUAAAUGCUAUAAUAGAUACAAUGGUGUACAAAUACUUUUUAUAGCCACUGUAAUUUUUCAAGUUCCCAUAAUGGUAACGGGUGGAAUAAAAUUUACAACCAUCUAGAACAGUAAUCGUAACCGUCGUUGUCAACUUCAACUUUACUGUUUCAUUAUACAGAAAAUGUAUUACAAAAUCUGCAAAUGCUUUUCGAGAUAUCGAAUUCGUUGACUUAUCGAGUUCUCCUCGACAGAUAUUCCACGUAUUUCUCGUAUCAUCUGCAACAAACAACCACGUACUUUACGCAUAAAAUAUCUCGAAAUAAUAUAGAUUUUAUCGCCAUGAGCAACAGUCACCAAGUAACAGUACGUUCCCUUUCUUUUCCUUUCCCCUCUCACCCCAAACAGAAAAAGGUUACAUGUGGAUUUUUUUUUUGCUGAAUAUUUUUCUUUCAUCCAUGGUGAAAGGGGAAGAGAAUUUAUCGAUAUAAAUGGACGGUUAAGAAAAAAUAUUUACUUAAAGACAAUCACCAAAAGGUAGUUCAAAACAUAUCCGUGAGACAUAAUCUGCUCUUACACUAAAAGGAAUAAACACGAAUUAUCAAAAAAAAAAAAAAAAUCGAACAGGAGGAUAUCAAUUUAAAAGUAAAAAAAGAACAAAAAAAGUAAGGAUUAAAAUUCGUGGGUAGAGAAAUUCGAAACUAGUAUUUAGGUAACAUUCUCAUAAAGCAAUUGUAAUUAUAAAAUCAUGUUAAUAGCGCAUCUACGAUGUGAAGCUGGAUGUUACAUUGAAGUACUAAUAGUAACGUCUAUCGAAUCGUAGCUUAUACAUAUUAGUACUAGGAUCGCGGUGGAAUCCGCACAGAUUCAUUUUCCAUCUUGUAAAUAGUCAUUUAUUUAUUUUUCUAUUUGACGGGACACCAACACGCGAUCCACGUAUUUUUGCAUUGUAAGCGAUAUUUCGUUUAGGUGCUAACGUGUGGCAAAACUGUUGCGCAACCCGUCGAAUCUCAAAUCUGCGUCACUUAUCUAAACGAAAAAAGUCCUUGCAAUAUGCAACCGACGCUCAUUGAGUCUCUUCCAUCAUCUAUAUCAGCGAUUUGCAAUGUGUACUGCAUUCCGACAAGAGAGAGACUACAGUUAGGGUAUCGUAAUAAGAUAAAAAAAAUACAGAAAUCCUACGUUUUUUCUGUCGGAAUGAUACGUGCACGAAGUCGAUGUAUACUAAUGAUAUAUCUGAAUGAUCGUUCUCUGUAAAUAUAUUAACGUAAGACUUCCACGCGAAUAUUAAA